AUGAAGGCCCUUUCUUAUCUGAAGCUGCUCCUCGCCGGCUCCUCGUUCUGGGUCACCACGGCCACGGCGCAGGAACAAUCGAGCCCAAACUCGACAUACUACAAUCCCAUUCUUCCAGGAUGGCAUUCAGACCCCAGCUGUAUUCACGUCAACGAGACCUUUUUCUGCGUGACCUCGACGUUUAUCUCGUUCCCAGGCCUUCCCAUCUAUGCCUCGGCCGACCUGAUUGACUGGAAACUGGUCAGCCACGUGUGGAAUCGCGAGGCACAGAUCCCUGGCGCGUCACGCAACACUACGGGCCAGCAGCUCGGGUUCUAUGCGGCCACGCUGCGGUACCAUGAUGGUUUCUUCUAUGUUGCAUGUCCUUAUUUGGGCGGAACGGACCAUAACCUGGGCCUAAUCUUCAAAACACAAGAUCCGUUUGAUCAAGACUCAUGGAACGAUCCGGUCUACUUCGAAACAACAGUCAUUGACCCAGACUUGUUCUGGGAUGAUGAUGGGACCGUGUAUAUUGCGCAGUCCGGCGUGGUUCUACAAUCCAUCGACCUCGAAACAGGUGCCUUGUCGCCAGAGACGCCGCUGAACGUGUGGAACGGCACCGGUGGCGCGUACCCUGAAGGACCACACUUGUACAAGAAGGAUGGGUGGUACUACCUUUUGAUCGCUGAGGGCGGGACGGAGCUGAAUCACUCCAUCACCAUUUCAAGGUCAUCGUCGGUCUGGGGCCCCUACGAGUCCUACGAAGGCAAUCCGCUCCUGACGGCCCGCGGCACCGAUUCCUACUUUCAGACCGUCGGCCACGGCGACCUGUUCCAAGACGAGGCGGGCAACUGGUGGGGCGUUGCGCUGUCAACCCGUUGCGGUCCAGCCUAUGAGAUUUACCCCAUGGGCCGCGAGACGGUGCUAUAUCCUGUUACCUGGGCCGAGGGUGAAUGGCCAAUCCUGGACCGAAUACAGGGCAUCAUGAAUGGGUGGCCGCUGCCGGGGUCAACGCGAAAUGUGCCCGGUGACGGGCCGUUUAAUUCCGAUCCGGACACGUACGACUUCCUCGAGACGGGCGCCGCCAUUCCACGUAACCUCGUAUAUUGGCGCGUGCCCCGAGAUGGAGCCUUCUCCGUGACAGACCAGGGCCUGCAGAUCAUUCCCAGCCGGGCAAAUCUGACCGGGUCGUCGGAUCUCAACCUCACAGGUCAGGAGGGCCUGUCCUUUAUCGGUCGGCGCCAGACGGACACGCUCUUCACCUUGAGCGUGGACCUUGCCUUCAACCCCGAGUCGGCCGGGGCCGAGGCGGGCAUCACCGUCUUCUUGACCCAAGAGAACCACAUUGACCUCGGCCUCGCUCUCCUGCAGUCCGACGACUCCGAGGAAGCGCCCCAGUUGACUUUGCGUCUGCGAGCCGAGGCACCCUUGGUUGACAAUCCGCCAAAAGCGAGCGAGCCGCUGGCACCAGUGCUGGUCUCGGUCCCGUCAACCUGGGCAAGCGACACAGCUAUAACACUUCAGGUUCAGACUGCCAAUGAGACGCACUAUCGCUUUUCUGCUUGGCCCUCUAGCAAUCCUAAUGCACGGAUUAUUCUGGGCACUGCGUCUGCACAACUGGUCAGCGGUGGCAGUGGAACUUUUGUAGGGACUUUGGUUGGAGCAUAUGCCACUUGCAACGGCGCUGGCGAGGACUUGGACUGUCCAGAAGGUGGCAAUGCCUACGUUCAGAAUUGGCGAUACACAGGAUCAGCACAGGCUAUAUCUGCUGUUGAACUUGUCUCGCCGACCAUCUGA